AUUACACAUAUUUUAAUGAAUCUUUAAUACAUGCAGAUACCUUUCUAUGCCUUAUUUAAAAAGCAACCAAUACCGUUUAGUAACCCAGUUUAAACUUCGAAAUAUCACACCACAGUAUCAAAUUCUUAUCCCAUUCGCAUCAGUGAUAAGCACAUAAAUAUUGAUACCAGUCAUUAAACGGACACUUACAUAUCGUCAAGAAUUAAUAAGGACUAAUUAUUAAUUCGUAAACGAAUCACGGAUAAUUAUAUUGUCGUUAUCAAUUUCACACCUAAGGUUCAAAUAACUGAUAAGCCGCGACAAGUGAACUCUACUUAUUAAUGCAUCUAAUUAGUGCACCAGGAAACUUCAAAGGGACAUCAAAAAGGCCGCCGGAGACGCCAACAAGGAUGCUGAACCCAGUAUUUCCCUACCACCUUGCGGGGCUCGGGCUCAUGACCAGCUUUCCAAUAGAAGGUCAAGGACGUGUUAACCAGUUAGGAGGGGUAUUCAUCAAUGGACGGCCGCUCCCGAACCACAUCCGGUUGAAGAUUGUUGAACUUGCCGCUCAGGGUGUCCGUCCGUGCGUGAUCAGCCGCCAGUUGCGAGUCUCUCAUGGAUGCGUCUCAAAGAUCCUACAGCGCUACCAAGAAACUGGAAGUAUCCGCCCGGGCGUCAUCGGUGGCUCCAAGCCGCGAGUCGCCACUCCGGACGUUGAGAGGAAAAUCGAGCAAUACAAACGGGACAACCCUGGAAUCUUCAGCUGGGAGAUUCGAGACCGUCUCCUGAAAGAGGGACAUUGUGAUCGGAGCAGCGUCCCUAGCGUGAGCUCCAUUAGCCGCGUCCUCCGCGCCAAGUUCAAUAUUAAGGGCUCAGAUGGGGAUUCCGGAAGUGAGGGACCGGAUGAGAGCGACAGUGAGCGAGUGGAGUACAGGGGGAAUAACCACAACAUUGAAGGCAUUUUGGGGGAUUCGAAAAUAUCGCCAAAACCGGAAGCCGAUGAUGAGGAUCACUCCGACUGUGACUCGGAGCCCGGAAUCCAACUGAAGCGGAAACAACGGAGGAGCAGGACUACUUUUACCGCGGAGCAAAUGGAGGAAUUAGAACGCGCCUUUGAACGCACGCACUAUCCGGAUAUUUAUACGCGUGAGGAAUUAGCGCAGAUGACGAAACUUACGGAGGCAAGAGUACAGGUAUGGUUUAGUAACAGGCGUGCGCGUUGGCGGAAACAGAUGGGUAGCGGCCAGAUGUCGGCCCUUAACUCCCUCCUGCAGGUGCCUCCCUCUGCCGUGUCUUCCGGUCCCUACAUGCUCCAUGACUCCACACCGUACUCCUUUCCCGCAGCACAGGACGCCAUAUGGCACCGGUCCCCAAUGUCGUCUGCCAUGUCAGCUAUGACGCACACGAUGACGUCAUCAAACCUGAAAUCAGAACACAGCCACGCGCCGGCCUAUCAUAACAUUAUGGACAACUACUUCAGCCAUGCAAGUCAGAUGCAUUCCCUGGCAAGUCUUCAGACGAGCCUCCCUUCCACAGAGGGUUUUCCUCCUACAUCUUCGUGGCCCAAUCAAAACACGCCUAGCUCCACGCAUGCGUUUAACGGAUACUCGGCAGCCAGUCAUAUGCACCAUUUUAAUGACGUCACGAAAAACGCCAUACCUUACAAUUCACAUCUUUGUUCAGUGAACAAUGUGGACCGAUAUGUGGCAGACGAGAGUUUAGCUGCCCUCCGCCUUAAGUCACGUGAACAUUCGGUAGCCCUCGGUUUGCUCGGCACUGGUGACAGCGGAAGAGUAUCUGCUGGAUUUUGACGUCAUCAUGUGACGUCAUUUUGACCGAACUUCGUGUGUGUUAGUGAAAUAAGUCAUACUAAAUCUGACUUAAUGCGUUAUUCUUCAGAAAUACGGGCUGGCAGGCGUAUGGCGAUUUGCAUCCACCUUUGAUAGGGUAAUGCCGGACGUGAGCAAACCGGAUGAAAAUCGGAUCAGAUUACGUUCAAAAUGCUUGAAUUGAACAAAAACCUGUAUCUGAUUUUGGCUUACCUACCAUGACAGCCGUUUACAAACAUACAUCAAACCGAAUGACACGAGGGAGUGAACUGUCUCAUUUUUGAAAAUCAAGCAACUAUGUCUCAUUUCGUACAGAUGCACGAACAGUGGAGAAGUGGUGAUAUAAAUACACGAGAAUUAAUCUUGGUAACGGUUUCUACGCAUUGGUUUCGAGUUUGUCGUCAAGCAUAUGGUGAUGUUUAAAGUAUUUAUAAUAAUCUUCUAAUGUGCCAGGCGUAUCCGAUAUAACGAACAAUAUCCGUAAGAAUAUGUACAGAGAUCUGGGCCUGGUUUCACAAAAAAACAAUAAAGCAAACUUAGCAAAUGUUAUUGGAGUGUUAUAAUUUUUGUCUAAUCCAAGUAUAGAAUUUCGGGAUUUUUUUCAUGUCUAAGUUCCCGUAAAUUGGACUAUGCUUCUUAUGAUGUUAAAUUUGAUAUAAAUAUAAAAUAAAUGUAUGUGUUACCGUGAGAAAACGGACAACUUUCCAAGGUGUGUUACGUUUUAUAGUUUUGGUUUGUUCUUAAAAGAUAAUUUUGCCUGAUUGAUCUUCGGAUACAUUUUUAAUACGCUAUCUUUUAAAGGAAUAACCUAAUACACCCGUACCUGUGUUUAUUCAAAACAAACUGAAAUGUAUAUAUUGAAAGCUUAACACAGUCAGUAUUGGUAAUUAAAACACCAUAUAUACUAUGUCAAACAAGUGUGCCUUUAUUACCAUUAUUAUGUUUUGUAUACAUUUAAAUUGUUUUUCUAUCGUUUGAUUUAAUAACAACACGAUGUCUGAGACGAAAGGCCUUAAAAUCUACUGAUUUAAAAUUAUGGAUGUCAUAAUGUAUAAAUAAUUAAUAUACGUUGUUUGUGUAUUUGAUUUAUAACUGUUUGUAAAUUAAAAUAUGAUGUGUUGAUCAAU